AUGGCGAAAGAACAAGCUGUGCCCACGUUCAAGGAAGCCCUCAAAGACGACAAGGCGCAAUACGACGACUGCACGCCAUGUCGCAUCGUAGGGAGCGCGGCAUUCAUCGGCCUCGGCGCGUACACAUACGUCUCCGGACACUCGCAACUCAAAGCGCAAGAAGCGGCGAUACGGCAAAGCAAGACUAUGUUCGGCAUGGCGAGUCGAAGAGCAGGCAUAACAGGGACGGCGGCUGUGAUGGUGGGCUUGGGCAUAUACAGGUGGUUUGCUUGA